CAUCGAGCCAAACAUGAUUUGGCAUAGAGCGGGAUUGAGUUCAAUUUUGAAAACAGAAUACGACCGUUGAGUUGACGAGAAAGAGCAAAACAAACUCAAAAAACGAUAACACAUUUCAAUUUCAUAGACACUAUGAGACGCCAUGGUUGGCAACGUCCUCUUCAUCCUUUACAGUUUGUAGGCAUGGGAAUUUAUAGUUUCCUGGUGGUGUGUUUCUAUACUUUCCUCGGACUUUUCCUCGGAAAUCGAACUGCUGAGAUAACACUCACCUCCAUAUUUUCCUUCAUGGCAAUCUCAGUUAUGUUUUUGUUUGUGAGGUGUACGGCAAUUGAUCCUACAGACAGAACCAGUUUCAAGAAGAAGAAGAAAAAAGCCAAAAGGAAUGCAAUUCCUAAGCUUAACUAUGGAUUCAUUAUUGGUCAGAUUGUGGUGAGGUUUUUCAGGAGGGUGGAAAAGAAAUUGCUUAGGACUUUCAUUCAGAGAAAGUACCUUGAUCCGUUGAAGACGAGUGCACAAGUGGAGCCUCUUCUCCCAUUUCCAUUUGUUAUGAAAGAUGAUGACGAUGCUGUUGUCCCUGAUCUUAAAGAGGACGACAUCUCAUUUUGCACACUUUGUGAUUUUGAGGUGAAAAAGCAUAGUAAGCACUGCAGAACUUGUAAUCGUUGCGUUGAAGGGUUUGAUCACCAUUGUAGGUGGUUGAAUAACUGUAUCGGGAAAAAGAACUACACAACGUUCUUUCUUUUGAUGAUUUUCGUCCUGUUAAUGCUUAUCAUUGAAGGAGGGACUGCAAUUGCGAUAUUUAUCAGGUGCUUUGUGGAUAAGAGGGGAAUAGAAAAGGAGCUUCACAGGAAGCUUUUUCUAGAGUUUCCAAGAGGACUUCUGGCCACCAUAUGUGUGUUUCUUCUAUUAUUGACAGCUUAUAGUUCAGCUGCAUUGGGGCAACUUUUCUUCUUUCACGUUCUCCUAAUACGAAAGGGGAUGAGGACCUAUGACUAUAUUCUGGCAAUGAGAGAAGAGAAUGAAGCCAUGGAAUUGGAAUCAUUUGAUGAUUCUGACCUUUCAUCAGAUGACAGCAUUGAUUUUGACUCACCUGAAAAGCCAACACUAAUGUCAAGGAUUUUAUGCAAAGGACAGAGCUCACCUAGGUUGUCUAUCAAGAUUGAACGGGAUACCGAACCUUCCCCUUUGAUCAACACAAAAAGGUUUCACGUAAGCAUUAACCCUUGGAAACUCGUAAAGUUGACCAGAGAAAAAGCUCUACUUGCAGCUGAGAAAGCGAGGGAAAGGCUCGUGCGAGAAAGACCAAUGAGGGAGCACAGUUCAUUAAGACCUCUUCCAUUGGAGACAAAAUGCGGACCAUUGACGAAUGCGGAUAAAAAUAUUGGCAAUGAGGGAUCUGGGUCAACACCUUUUAUAGCAAAAGGAGAACUUCAUGUAUCACCAUCAAGGCUUUCAAGUCCUAGAAGAAGAUUUUCUGCAGGCACACCAUCGGUAUUCUCUAGCAGCACCAUUGCAUCUCCACAAAACAAAUAUAGAAGCAGUUUUGACUUGAAGUUAGCAGGUGUGUCUAGGGAGCUUGAAACACAUAUUUCCAGGCAGGUUCUAUGUUCAGUUAUCAGCAAAGAUGGAAAUGAACCAUCCCCAAGAUGAUAGGCAUUGUAUUUUAUAUAAAUUGAGAACGAUUCUCAGUCUUAGAGAAAGAUUUGUUGAUAUGUCCAUUGUAUCAUAGUUUCCUUAUAAAUCAAAUUUAUACAUGGGAUUAUCAAUCUUUAUGUAACAUGAAUUUCUGUUUACUUUAAACAUAGGAUAAUUCCAAUGGACCUGUAAUUUUCAGAGGCAAUGCAAUCAUGAUACUUUUCCAGCUA